GCGAAGAUGGCGGAGGCGGCAGCGGCUGCGGCCGGGCCCCGGGUGGCUGAGGCGCCGAGCUCGCUGCUGCUCGUGGUGGGCGGCGAGUGCAGCUGCCCGGGGCUGCUCAACUACGUGCUGGAGGAGCUCGAACGAGGCCUCCAGUCUUGGGACAUUGACCCUGGCAUCUGCAGCCUGGAUGAGCAGCUCAAGAUCUUUGUGUCCCGGCACUCGGCCACCUUCUCCAGCCUCGUGAAAGGCCAGCGCAGCCUGCACCUCCGAGGAGACGCUCUGGAUAUCCUGGUCCUCCUGAACCCAUCAGACAAGUCCCUAUGUGAUGAGCUCCGGAACCUUCUCCUAGACCCUGCCCCUCACAAGCUUCUGGUGCUGGCUGGGCCCUGCCUGGAGGAGACAGGAGAGCUGCUGCUCCAGACUGGGGGCUUCUCACCCCGCCACUUCCUCCAGGUUCUGAGGGACAAAGAGAUCCGGGAUCUCCUGGCUUCUGCACCCCCAUCUGCAGACCCGCCCAAGCUCACCAUCACCUGCCCAACCUUUGGCGACUGGGCCCAGCUGGCACCCGAAGUGCCUGGCCUCCAGGGCGGGCUCCGGCUGCGGCUGAACCCCCCGGUGCAGCGGCCGGCCUCGGAGGGCCUGCGUGAGUUCCUGGAGUAUGUGGCCGAGUCACUGGAGUUGCCGGCCCCCUUUGAGCUGCUUGAGCCACCGGCAUCCGUGGGCUUCCUCAGGCUCGCCCGGCCUUGCUGCUACGUCUUCCCUGGUGGCCUCGGGGACGCCGCCUUCUUCGCCGUUAAUGGCUUCACUAUGUUGGUCAACGGCGGCUCGAACCCCAAGUCGAGCUUCUGGAAGCUGGUGCGGCACCUGGACCGGGUGGACGCUGUGCUGGUGACGCAUGCGGGCGCCGACAGCCUUCCGGGCCUCAACAGCCUGCUGCGGCGCAAGCUGGCGGAGCAGGAGGAGGCAGCGACCGGUGGGGGCUCUGGGGAUGACAGGCUGCGCAGACUCGUCUCCCCCAGCCUGGGUGUUGUGUUCCUCAACGCCCGCGGGGCCACCUCCCGCCUGGUGCGUGGUGAGGAUGAGGCGGAGUUGGCCCGAAGCCUUCUGGCUCGGCUGGGCAUAGAGCCUCUGCCCCUGAGCCGGGGGCUGACGCCGACCGAGCCCACUGUACUCUUCCAGAAGAUGGGUGUCGGCCGGCUGGACAUGUACGUGCUGCACCCGCCCUCAGCUGGUGCCGAGCGCACGCUGGCCUCCGUGUGUGCCCUGCUGGUGUGGCAUCCCACGGGCCCCACCGAGAAGGUAGUGCGCGUGCUAUUCCCUGGCUGCACGCCACCUGCUCGCCUCCUAGACGGCCUAGUCCGCCUGCAACACUUGGGCUUUUUGCGGGAGCCCGUGGUGACCCCCCAAGACCUGACAGGGCCUAGGCGCACUGAGAGCAAGGAAAGUGUGGGCUCCCGGGACAGCUUGAGGAGAGAGGGCCGGACUUCGGUGCCUGCCAGGCCUGCCCAGGAGCGCUCUGGGGUGGCCCGGAAGGAGCCGCCACGAUCUGAGGCCUCUCGCAGGGCUGAGAAGGAAGCUAGACACCCCGGGGAGGUGAAGAAGGACCCCAAACCAAGUGCCCCUCGGACCCAGCCCAGGGAGUUGACCCGGGCAUCCUCUACUGUGGUCGGUGGCAAGAAGGCAGGUGCCCAGGCAGCCGCCAAGCCCCGAAGAGCACCCAGCAAUCACCGCCCGGGUGUCCCAUUGGUGGGGAAUGGGCCCCACAGCCCCCCCAGCUUCCGGUGUGGAGAGGCCAGUCCCUCCAUAGAGGCCUGCAGCUCUCCUGUCCCCCAGCUGGUGGCCACCCCCAGCCAAGGGAGCAGCCUGGAGCUGGGGCUGAGCCCCAUAGGGGAGGACAGUAGCAGCCUAAAGACUCAGGAGCAGCUGGUAGCCAGUUGCACCCCCCCUCCCUGCACUCCCUCGCCAGCUGGAGCUCCCCAGGGCCCAGCUGAGGGUAGGCAGCUGUCACUGAGCCCACUGCGGGGUGGGGAGGCUGGGCCAGACGGCUCCCCCACGGUGACCACACCUUCCCUGCCGGCUGAGGUGGGCUCUCCGCACUCCACAGAGGUGGACGAGUCCCUGUCCGUCUCCUUUGAGCAGGUGCUGCCACCGCCCCCUAUUCCCAUGAGUGAGGCAGGGCUGAGCCUCCCGCUUCGAGGCCCCCGGGUGCGUCGCUCGGCCUCCCCACAUGACGUGGACCUGUGCUUGGUGUCGCCCUGUGAGUUUGAGCACCGCAAGAUGGUGCCCGUGGCGCCGGCCCCCACGUCCCCUGGUAGCUCCAAUGACAGCAGCGCCCGGUCCCAGGAGCGGGCAGGUGCUCUGGGGGCUGAGGAAACGCCGCCCACGUCUGUCAGCGAGUCCCUUCCCACGCUGUCCGACUCAGACCCCCUGCCUGCUGCCGCCCCUGGCACUGCAGACUCAGAUGAGGACAUGGAGGGCUUUGGGGCCCCUCAUCGGAACCAGCUGCCCAACCCCCUCAAGGUUCCCCCACCACUGCCAACCCCACCCAACAUCUGCAUGGUGGACCCAGAGCUGCUGCCCCCUGAACAGGCCCGGCUGACAGAGAGCCUCAGCCGUACCCGGAAGUCCCUGGCUCGCCCCACCUCCAGCACUGCCACCUCCAAAUCCACUCCAGCGAUCGCUGCCAAGACCAAGGGACUGGCUGGUAGGGACCGGGCCAGUCGGCCACUCAGCGCCCGGAGCGAGCCCAGUGACAAGGGAGGUCGGGCACCCCUGUCCAGAAAGCCCUCAGUCCCCAAGAUGACCCUUCGGGGCCCAUCUGGGUCAGCCAGCAGCCGGCCAGGUGGGUUGGAGGCCUCCCCUGGCUCCCCUGUCUACCUUGACCUGGCCUACUUGCCCAGCGGGGGCAGCGUCUGCCUGUUAAAUGAGGAGUUCUUUCGGCGGGUGCGCUCACUCUGCUAUGUCAUCAGCGGCCAGGACCAGCACAAGGAAGAGGGCAUGCGGGCUGUCCUGGACGCAUUGUUGGCUGGCAAGCAGCAGUGGGACCGUGACCUACAGGUGACCCUGAUCCCCACCUUCGACUCCAUGGCCAUGCAUGAGUGGUAUGAGGAGACGCAUGCCCAGCACCAGGCGCUAGGCAUCACGGUGCUGGGCAGUAACAGCACAGUGUCCAUGCAGGACGAGGCCUUCCCUGCUUGCAAGGUGGAGUUCUAGUCCUGCCUCACCACUACACCUACCCCACCCCUCAGCCCAAAUCUGCCACCAUCCUGAGAAUCACUGCAUCAGAAAUAAACCAAGUGCCCCACUCCA